GCGAAGAGAACACUGGGAGACUACAAAUCUACGCAGGUCCUACGGGACCUCGAGAUCUCCUUACGAACCAACCACAUCGAGUGGGUAAAAGAAUUUCUGAAUGAGGAAAACAAUGGACUAGAUGUGUUAGUCAAUUACCUAAACUUCCAGCUGGUUCUGAUGAGGCGGGACGAACAAUUCCGCACGUACAGCGAGGACCAGGCCGCCGCCGGAACAAACAACGGAACGCUCGUCAAGUCCGCCGGCAGGAAGACGGUGGCGCAGUCUGUUGGCCGGGCGGCGGGGCGGAGCGUCGACACCGGCAGCAUCAUCGGCCGCGACGCGAAACCCAACGCCAUGACGCUGAGUUUAUCUCUCUCUAAUUUACACGAUGAGGAAGUAGGUGGCGCUGCGGUAGAGGAAGUAGGUGGCACUGUGGUAGAGGAAGUAGAUGGCACUGCAGUAGGGGAAGUAGGUGGCGCUGCAGUAGGGGAAAUAGAUGGCACUGUGGUAGAGAAAGUAAGGGAUCCUGAAAAAGGCAGGAACACAAUAACGAUCACAGAGGACGACAUCCACGUCGCCGUGAUGUGUCUGCGCGCGAUCAUGAACAACAAGCUCGGAUUCAACAUGGUGUUCGCUCACGCAGAGGCGAUCAACUGUAUCACGCUCAGUCUCAACCAUAACAGCCUCAGGACCAAGGCGCUGGUGCUGGAGCUUCUAGCCGCCGUCUGUCUCGUCCAAGCGGACGGUCACGACAUGAUCCUAGAAGCAUUUGACCAUUUCAAACUGCUGUGUGAGGAACAGAGCCGAUUCGAGACCUUAAUGAACGAUUUCAUGAACUACGAAGAAUUCAACAUUGAUUUCAUGGUUGCCUGCAUGCAGUUCAUCAACAUCGUUGUUCACUCGGUGGAUGACAUGAACUUCCGCGUUCACCUCCAGUACGAGUUCACAAAGAUAGGCCUCGACGACUAUCUAGAGAAGCUGAAGCACACCGAGUCGGAGCAGCUGCUGGUUCAGAUCUCCGCCUACCGUGACAACAUGUUCGAUGUUCAGCACCUCAUGGAGGAGGCGGAGACCAAGAACGUGGCUGUGGAACAAGUCGCAGAGCUAGAGAACGAACUGUCACACGCGAUAGAGAGAUUCCAGGAGCUGGAGAAUGAAUCAAUGGCCAAGAUCUGUGAGUUGGAGAGUGCGGUGGUGGACACAACGAAGGAACGUGACAUGUACUAUGCGCACCUUGCUCAGACGCAGCACGACCUGGAUGAGCUGAGGAAGCAGAUUAACGAGAAGGAUGAGGAUGUGAAGCAGAAAGGAAGCCUUCUGCAGGAGAGGGAGAAGGAACUCGAAUCCCUCAAGGGCACCUUGAGACUAAAAGGUGGACAGGUGGCAGCACUGGGUCUCGCCGGAGAAGGAGGAGGAGCCCCGCCGGCCCCCGGACCGCCCCCUCCCCCCGGACAGAUGGCAGCACCUUCCGGAGCAAUGACAAUUAAGCGGAGAAUCCAGACGAAGUAUCGUCUACCGAUGUUCAACUGGAUCGCGUUGAAGCCUCAGCAGCUGAAAGGAACCGUAUUCAAUGAGCUAGACGAUGACAAAUUACUCAACCAACUCCAUGCCGUCACGGCUGCGUCACGCUCUGUGAGGAACUCCGCUCGUGUGCGAAAGAUGCUAGAGAUAAUCCUGGUCUUUGGAAACUACAUGAACAGUAACAAGAGAGGUGGGCCCCAGUGUCCAAUGGAUUCAGAACGUAGCAGAGUCUAUAUAAUGUACACCCAGUGCGGAGAGAGGUCGCAAGAUAAGAAGGUUACCUUGUUAAAUUUCAUCGCUCACACAGUAAAGACGAAAUUCCCAGAACUGCUCAACUUUGAUACGGAGCUUCGCUUUAUAGAGAAGGCAGCACAAGGUACGUGGGAGGGGGAAACCAUGCACAUGCUCUUAGUGGUCACAGUGUUAUUGAUUAUUGAUUGCUUUCACGGCGCCAGCGCGGUGCCCUGUUCAUUGCUUAUUGAACUCUCACUUCGGCAGUCGAUCUUUGUUAAGAAGGUGGAGCAUGCGGCGGAGGUGAUCGUGCGAGCGAUCAACAACCUCGAUCUCAGCAUCCUCUCGUUAGAGAUGACCGAGAUCCUACUCAAACUAAUACCCAAGGAAGACGAGAUCAAGGCAUACAGGCAAUAUGAGAAGGACAAGAAACCGCUAGAAGCUCUAACAGAAGAGGACAAACUCAUGUUUCAGUUGACUAAGGUUGAGCGGCUGCUGCAGAAGUUGCAAGUGAUGAGUUUCAUAGGAAACUUUGACGAGAAUUUGAAGCACAAGCCGUAUCGCAGAGCAGACGCCGUCAGGAAGUCCCUGCGCAAGGGACGCGGACACACGCUGGCAGACGACCAAGCUACAGCCUUGUAA